AUUGAAACUUCUAUUUUUGACUUUUCGACAUUUUGUUCAAAAAUGGCUAAACCGUGCAUUUAUUGAACCUUGCGCAUUUCGGUUCGACAUUAGAAUUCAGUUUCAUUACUGAUUACUCUUUUUCCAAGUAUUUACAUGUAUGCCACAGUACUUAUAAGUUAUAACGAGGUUUAACUUUCAUGAAAAGAGUAAAGAUAAUUGAGAAAGACAAGUACAAAUGCAUGUUUUUCCACAUUCGACUGUAAAAAACUUGUCUUUUUUACCAAAAAAAAAAACUUAUGUCUUUGUAUACUGUCAAUAUUUUAUUUAGUUUUUGAAUAAUAUAAUAUGUGGAUUUGAAUUUGGAUGGUUUUGUUUGUUUUUACUUGUUAUGUGAAAAAGUUAAGCAGCCCAAGAAAGAAAUAAAGAAAUAAAGAAAAUGAAACCUUAGUCCGGUUUAAUCUUGUAGACUAACUAAACCAGAGUGACCAGUAAAGACUAGAAGAAAGUCCGUGAAGGAUAAGGGUGACAGAGAGAGGAGACAUUGUGGUCAACUUCAGUGCAUAAAGACAUGGGUACGUGGAUACCAGUAGCCACACGUGCGCUCAAUCAUCAAACUUAUACAUGCAUACAUACACAUAUAAUAAUAUGCUUUCAAUAAAUAAAUAUAUCAAAAUUCUUAUUCUCACCGGAAGGCGACGAGUACUUCCAGACAAACCAACUAACAUUCUUUAAAUUACUUACUUCAUGUCCCAUUCUCCUGCCCUUUUCUUUUCUGAUUCAAUUCAAUUUCUUGUUUUUUUUUUUGUUUACAACCAAAUCAAACGAGCAUUUAGCUAUUUACUAAGUUUCUUCACUAAGUAUUAAUUUCGAGAUUUAUGAAAAAAGUGGAGAUUACUGGAAUAUACUAAGUUUUUCUUGUGACUUGAUAUACUAAUUUAUAAAACCGGAAUGUUUUUGCACUUUAUUUCUUCCAAAACUCUACAAAUACUUUAAAUUUUAUGUGUGUUGAUAUUAAGUUACAUCAAUUUCUCGAUAUUUUUUUUACGUUAAAUCUAAAUAUCUAAAUAGGAUAUUUUAUUUGUUAACUGUCAAAGUGUAACAUUGAUCUGUGUGAUGUUAUAUGUUUUACUAUAUGUUUGAUAUUUAGUAUUCUAAUAUUUUUGGUCCUAUGUAAAACUAAUAUCUAAAUGACUUUUUUGAUAAAAGUACACCAGUAAACUUGUAUUUGGCAUUAAUGUUUUACACUUAGAGUUUAAGAUUUCCUUUAUAAAUUUUUGAAAUUAGAAAUUAAACAUUUUUAUCUCUAUUUUUAUAGUAACAAUUUUUAUUUCUCCCCUUACAAGAACUGUUACUGACAAUGAUCUGAGACAAGAAUGCCAAAAACAUCAUAACUGUAUAAAAACAUGUUUAGUAACAUUUUCUGUAAAACGAAAAAAAAAAAAAUCAAAAAUGUCAUUAUAAAAACAAAGAGAUAAAAAAUGUUUAGCGUAUAAUUUAAAAAUAAUAAUUUGUUAAGAAAUUUUUAAAAGUUAUAAACUAAAUCUUAAAUUAUAAAUGUAAAAUAUUAAUGCCAAACAAGUCUGAUCUUAAGCAGUACUUAUAACCACAAACAAUAUUAGCCUGUUCUUCGACCAGUAUUUAAUUUGUCCAAAAUAAAUCGAUAUAACUGUCAUAGUGUUCUCAAAACGAUGUUCUAGUUUGCAAAAUCAUAAACAUUGAAACUUAUAGUUUAAUAAAAAAAAUUAUUCUUUCGCUCAAUUGUUAAACUGUCAAAUGUGCAUUACAGAAAUUUGAUCUCAGUGCACAUUUGAUAGUUUAUUAGUGUGAAGUUUUUAACACAGUGCAAAUAGAUAGUUCUGACAGAAAAAAAUGCAUUUUAUUAUUCUGCAGGUUGGAAGUCGAAAUUGCGAGUCUCAAGACUGCGCAAAUUGAAAAGAAUCAAAAGAUGUUUAGCUUGUUUUCUCAUAUUGAUUGUUUACAUUUAUUAUACAACUAUAUGCCUCUCUUUUUUUUCUUAAACUCCAGUAUUCCUUAUUAAUUGUGUGCACGAAUAUGGUCAUCGUAGACCUAAAGAAGACGAAUUCGCUAUCAAAACUGAUAUCUUCGGUAUGCGGGGUGAUACAGCUUUUAAAACUAGAAAAAAAAAUUAUAAAAUAAAUAAGUGCAGUUAUGGUAAAUUCUUUUUCACCUUGUUCUAGCUUUUUAGAUUUACCAGUGUGAAAUAUAUUUACUGUGGAACUAUCUACUAGACCUUUCUUUUAUCUACCAUGGACGACGUUUUGAGACGAAAUAGUGAGUUUGAUUUGUAGGUUUUCUCUUACGAAUAGGUGACCAGUUUUAGUUUUGUAGAUCGAUAUUCUACCUAACGAGUGUCCGCGUAUAAGACUUGUAAAUUUUUUCCGGUGUUUUUUUUAGCAUUUCAAGUUUUUGUGUCUUUGAACUCAGGUGUUUAGUUUUGAUUUGGUUUUGCAUGGGCUCCAAUUUGCAACAAUCUCUGAUGUUGUUGUAAGUUUAUCCUCACACAUGUUUGUCCCGAUAUUGUGUAUGUUUUAACUUGGUUGUGUAUCCUUCAAGAUUAAGUUUGCCUAAAUCAUUGGGUUUUUUGUUAUCUUCGAUCUCAUGUUUCUCACGAGUGUGAACGAAUUAUAAUCAGUCAAUUAGUUUCAAUUUUAGUAGAUGUAACUCUCUAAUAUUUAUUUUUCAUAUUAUCCUACCUCGUUAUUAUUAUCUCCCUUUUUUGAGCUAUUGAUAUUAUCAUUUUCUGCCGAUUUUUGUAAUCCACGAUGUAUAAAAAAUUUAAUAAAAUUUUGAGUUAAAGAAAAAACUAAAAAAUUCAGAUUUUAAAAUUCCUAUAAAAUAUAAAUUUAUUCAUUUAUAUAAUAAUAUACAAAUUCUAGAACACAUAUUUAUCUCAAUACAUUUUUCUGUUAAAUUCUUUGUUUUCUUCGAAUUGAUCUGCGUUCGUUCAUAACAGUAUACUUCUUUUUUUCGUAACAGUAUACUUCGUUGACAACUUAGAAACACAAAUCCAUACAUUAUAGGGAUAAUUAAUCAACGUAAGGUUCAAGAAUAACAUGCUAUUUAGAUACUACUAUUUUGGUGGAAAUACUUCAAGCACAUUUAGAUACUACUAUUUUGGUGGAAAUACUUCAAGCAUAUUAAAUCGUGAACUGUAAACUUUCAUCUCUGAUAUAUAACUUCACAUGAAGUUUUGUACCAAUAGAGUAAUUUUUCUUUUGUGCAACCAAUAAGUCGAAUAAGAUAGGGAAUCGAGUUUUCAUGGAUUUAUAAUUUAUUAAUAAUUAAACUUUUAUCAGCGGCUAAUAAACUGGAGUAGUAUAUUGCACACAUGCAUGAACCACACGAACACAACCAAAAAGACCAACCAAUCAACACCAGAUUUUGCAAUAAUGAAAAUGGAAAAUUAUUUGAGAGAGAGAGAGAAAGAAAGGGAUGGGAACACAAGAGGACAAAAAGAGGCCCUCGUGCAACUGGGAAAUUUUCAAUGUACUGUACUACAGUGCAGCUUUUAGUUAAUGGCUCUAUAAAAAUAAAUCGAGUUUUUGAUAAGAAGAAUUGAUAUAUUCUAUUAAUUUGCUACUUCAAUUCUCACUGAUGUGCAGAUAAAGCAUACUACUUUUUAAUCUGCGCGUGUGGAUGGGCAUUCCUCCUCUGGUCUCAAUCGAUGUACACGUACAUGAGUUCUAUUCUAGCUACCAUAGUUCACACGAUAGACAUCGUUUUUGUCACAUCGACAUUCAUUUGCAUUUAUGAAUGUAUGGGUCAUGUCACUCUUUAAAAUUUUCUUCACAAUAUAUCUAGGACUUAAGAAAAAUUGGACAUGUAUUCUAAUUUGGAUUGAUAAAUUUCCUAACAAGUUUUAAAUCGCAAUACGUGCAAUGAUCCUGGCAAAGGUUAAAACUGACUAGAAUAGUGAAACGAUGAAAGGCCUGACUAGAAUAUAAACAUUAUUGAUAUAAUGAUAAGAUGGACGACCAGGAAAAAAACGGAAAGGUGCUCAACUUGACACAUCCCUUUUAAAUUGAACGUAUGUGUUUUGAAGUCUCACAUUUCUUGUACUCUUGUGCAAUAAUUUCAUUUCCCUACGUAAAUAUAUUCUGAAAACUAACAAAUCAACCGACACAUAUCUUCCUUCUGUACUAUUAUGAGUCAUUCUAGUUUAUUUACACGACCAGCAAUCAAUCGACAACGCAAACACUUGAAUAAGUGGAAAGAACCGAUGAGGUUUUAGUGGCAAGCGAGCUUUGAGUUGUUAAAUAAUCUGAAUUCGAAGAUAUCUCACUACGUUCCAUUGUGUGGCCACGCUGAUAUAAAUUCAUUGCAACGUUCAUUUGACUAUCCGAAGAAAAAAAUCAUUUGUGGAUUGCACAUCUUUUGGAGAUUAAUCUAAAAUCUUCUAAAAUUUGGAAUACCUCAUAUUAAAAAGAAAAAAACAUAUAAGAAGUAAAAAUGAUAAUCAGGAGAAAAAAUAAUUAUAUCAAAGGACUAAUUUUUUUAUCAAAUCAAAGGCCCUUGUAUGUUUGUAAUUUUCACACGAAAUCACUUUAAUAUAGUGACGUGACUAGUGAACUUGUCUUUGGUUGCAAAAUACUAGAACAUAUACUGAAGCUGGUGUGUAAAAUAAAACUUUUAAUGAUUUUACACUAUCAUAGUGUCAACUUCAAUAAUAAACCUUAAUUCUGAGUUCUGGUGAGAAAAUAAGGUUAGAUAUCAACUAUACCUUAGUUUUGAUAGUAAUGUAAAUCAUUGUUGUUCAUUGGAUUCUGGAAAAACUACUUCGUUAGGAUUGGUGAAUUGCUGCGAUUCUUCCUGAAUAGCUUGGAUUCUCCCAUCGAAAGUUGCUUUGAAAGUCGUACCUAAACUCUUACGACUGAAUAUGAUAAAGUCUAUAAAACAAAGAGCUGCUAUCAUUUUACAUAUAUAAACAUUAUCUAAACUUACUGAGGUAUGCGUACUGAAGGUACAUAAUACCUAUACCUUUCUUUCAUCCCAAUUAUAUAGAAAUCAUUAAUGUUUUUGUUUAUAACAAAAGUUACAAAACCCAUAAUGAUGCAACAACAAAGUAAUAAACUUAAUUACCUGAAAAGAAGAAUCUUCCCCCACCCACUACCAAACAAGCAUUCAUGUCUGAGAUCCUGAAGAAUGAGAUCGUGGUUUAAGUUAUACUCCCAUCCUAUCUCUUCUUUUUUAGAAAAUGUCAUUAUAACAUUUUUUCCUUGUAUUUAAAAAAGUAUCAUUUUAUAUUUUUAAUAUAAUUUUUUAUACAUAAUAUUCUUUUUAAACUAAUUAAUAGAUGUUUAUUUAAUUCAUUUUAAUUUAAAUAAGAGUAUAUUAUAUUAUAUAUUUUUAGUUUAGUGAUAAAAAAGUUCCGGUUGGAGUUUCUGCCUUAGGUUUGAGUAGUAUUGGCCAUCUCUAGACGUUUUAAAUGGCAAAAAAACUCGGAUUCUAUGAGUUUUGUGAAAUUAGUUUUUGAACUGUAAAGCUUUUAUGAUCCCCACUAUUAUAAAAAAUAUAUAUUUUGUUAUCAGUUUUAAUCCACGUGGAAUAUGUCAAUUGCGAAACGGAAAGAGCAGUGCUCUGCAUCCCCUUUUUUCCUAAUCUUAAUAGUGACUUAAAUUUUUUAGUUAUUUAUCUUUUGAAUUUCAGCUUAGAAAACCUUGUCGCGGAAACGUAAAUGAACUUUUCAAGAAAUAACGUCGUCUUUGAAAACAUGAUUAAAACAAAACUGAUGCAACGUAAAUACUAUCUCCGUUCCACUAUAAAUGUAAAUCUAUCUAGUCUCUCUCUCUCUUAACAUAGUGGUGCCCUUUAGGUGCCUAUAUAAACAAUGCCACACAGAACCAUUUAGACCCAAAUCAGAGAACCUUAACCAUCUCUCUCUCUCUUUCUCUCUAUCUAUCACUGGUUCUGUUCGAAACAGAGGAAAAAAAAUAAGAGAAGAUGGGUAUAAUGAUGGUGAUUUUGGGUCUUCUUCUGAUCAUUGUAUGCAUCUGCUCUGCUCUUCUCCAAUGGAACCAGAUGCGAUAUUCCAAGAAAGGUCUCCCUCCUGGAACCAUGGGUUGGCCAGUUUUUGGUGAAACCACCGAGUUUCUCAAACAAGGACCAGAUUUCAUGAAGAACCAGAGACUCAGAUAUGGGAGUUUCUUCAAAUCUCACAUUCUUGGCUGCCCAACAAUAGUCUCAAUGGACGCAGAACUCAACAGAUACAUUUUGAUGAACGAAUCAAAAGGGCUAGUCGCUGGUUACCCACAAUCGAUGCUUGAUAUCCUUGGGACAUGCAACAUCGCGGCGGUUCAUGGUCCGGGCCACCGGCUCAUGAGAGGCUCAUUGCUCUCUCUAAUAAGCCCAGCUAUGAUGAAUGAUCAUCUCUUGCCUAAGAUUGAUGACUUCAUGAGAAGCUAUCUUUGUGGUUGGGAUGAGCUUGAGACCGUUGAUAUUCAAGAAAAGACCAAACAUAUGGCAUUUUUAUCAUCGUUGUUACAGAUAGCAGAAACUUUGACAAAACCAGAGGUUGAAGAAUAUAGAACAGAGUUCUUCAAGCUUGUUGUAGGAACUCUUUCUGUCCCAAUCGAUCUCCCGGGGACAAAUUACCGAUGCGGAAUCCAAGCAAGAAACAAUAUAGAUAGGUUAUUGACAAAGCUGAUGCAAGAACGAAGAGAGUCGGGAGAAACUUUCACAGACAUGUUGGGUUACUUGAUGAAGGAAGAAGAUAACCGAUACUUGCUAUCUGAUAAAGAGAUAAGAGAUCAAGUGGUAACGAUCUUGUAUUCGGGUUAUGAGACGGUCUCUACAACUUCCAUGAUGGCUCUUAAGUAUCUCCAUGAUCAUCCUAAAGCUCUUGAAGAACUCAGGAAAGAACAUUUGGCCAUAAGAGAUAGAAAACGACCUGACGAACCGCUCAAUCUCGACGAUAUAAAAUCGAUGAAAUUCACACGAGCUGUGAUCUUUGAGACAUCAAGAUUGGCAACGGUAGUUAAUGGUGUCCUGAGAAAAACUACUCACGACUUGGAACUCAACGGGUAUUCAAUCCCAAAAGGUUGGAGAAUUUACGUAUACACAAGAGAGAUCAACUAUGAUAUAUCUCUGUAUGAAGAUCCUAUGAUCUUUAACCCAUGGAGAUGGAUGGAAAAGAAUUUGGAAUCAAAGAGCUUUUUCUUACUCUUUGGGGGUGGAGCAAGACAUUGCCCUGGAAAGGAACUAGGAAUUUCUGAAGUCUCCAGCUUCAUUCACUACUUUGUUACAAAAUACAAAUGGGAGGAGAAGGGAGGAGAGAAACUUAUGGUGUUUCCAAGAGUUUCUGCACCAAAAGGAUACCAUCUUAGGGUUUUGCCUUACUGACUUUGUUUUGUCCUAAUAUUAAAAUUAUGAAGAUAAAGUUAGGUUUUUGUUAGGGUUAAUUAACCUAUUUUACUCUCAAGGUCUUAGAGGAGAUGGAUUAUGUACAGAGGAAUAUAGAAGAAGCUAAUAGAAAAUAAUAUAUUUUAAAAUGUUGAGCUCAGUCUCUUAUCUUGUAAAGUUGCAACCCAUGACUAAUUUUGUUCCAAUAACAAUACUUGUUAUACGUUU